AUGACAGGACUGGGCGCCGGCUUUGCGCCCAUAUCGCUGCGCGACUUUAGCAAGGCGUCGAAGAAGAACCCAUACCCGCCGAGUCACUACUGGACGGCCAUGGCCAAGAUAGUCAACUCACCUCCGGCCCUCAUCUCGAACACGCAAUACACGGUGCUCAAGGCCAUGAUUGACGGGCACGAGACGCGUUUUCUGCAAUUUUACGGCAACGCGGCCAUCGAGGCCCUGCGUACGGCUCUGGUCGAGUUUCCCAAGAAGGCACCCGCCACGAGCCACACGGCGCAGGCGCUGCAAGUCUUGGGACAGGUCCUGCAGCGGGAUUCGGGUCUGGCUCUGGCCUGA